UGGAGCCCUCCUGAUAAGACUUGGGUCAGACGGUACAAAAGUUGGAAACCAACCCCUGCUAGACCAGAAGAGACGGCAGCCAUGGCAAAGCUCAUCCUCCUCACUGGUCUGGCCCUGGUGCUGCUUGCUCAGCUGGGCUCUGCCUACCAUCUGACAUGCUACUUCACCAACUGGGCCCAGUAUAGGCCAGGCCUGGGGAAGUUCAAGCUGGAUGACAUUGACCCCUGCCUCUGUACUCACUUGAUCUAUGCUUUUGCUGCAAUUAGUAACAAUGAGAUCACCACAUUCGAAUGGACUGAUGUGGACCUCUACAAAUCCUUCAAUGAUUUGAAAAACAAGAACAGACAACUGAAAACUCUCCUGGCCAUUGGAGGCUGGAUCUUUGGAACUGCCCC